UAAUGCAGACGACUUGAGAUAUCAAACAGGUAGUCGUUCGGUUCGCAGCUUUACCUGUGGAGGAAGCAAGCUGACCGAUUACCCAUGUAGCUAUGAAGGGGAGCUGCUUUGGGGGAAUUACCCUUGUUCUGGGAGUUAUUGGAGUAAUUUCGGACAGUCAACAUAUUCUCUGGGGCCAGUGUUACUCCAACUGUCUAACCCAACAUUUGGAUAUCGCUCAGUCUUCAGACACUGCAAAGGAUGGAUCUUUCAAUUUGAUAAGAAAAUGUCAGAAAAUCAGAGACUGCAAAACAUGUCUGUUUGUAUGUGAUCGAUCACCUGGCAACAAUUACACCUCCAAUGAGAGCUGUAGACAUGACUGUGAUGUAAGUAUUGGAGAGAAGUACCCCAACUAUGCCAGCUGCAGGAGGAGCUGUAGGUUCCUGGCCAGGGCAGCCCAGUCGAAGGUGGGGACCUGCCCCAGCAAGAAGACCAUGUCGGGCUUCAAGGCAGCAUGUGUGCCGGAGUGCACCCACGACGCCGACUGUGCUGGCAGCAACAAGUGCUGUGACAAUGGAUGCGGCUUCACCUGUCAGGGACCCAGAAAUGAUCGAGGUUUGCCCAAGAAGCCAGGCAACAUCACAUUUGAAACCCGGAAAGAUGGUGGAGUUGUGAUCAGCUGGGAUCUGCCCGGAGGCAAAUGGAUGCGACAUGCUGCUCGCCCCUUUGUCUAUGUGGUUCGGUGGCGGACUCUGUCAGGCAAAGGAGUCAACUUCAAAGUGACUGACAGGAGGUUCCUGAAGCUGCGUGGGAUCGUCCCUGCCAGUACACUGAAUGUCAUAGUAGCAGCAGUCAACAUACAUGGCUCCAAGGGGUUCACUUCAGUUUCCAAACAUACCAAAGAAUUUAUGAAGCCUUCCCCUCCAGCCAAUUUUGAGGAAGGAUCUUCCACUGUGCACGAUGGAAAGGUAGAUGUCGAGAUAAUGUGGCAGCCACCCCGUCAGCUGGAUGGACUUCCUGUCGACAGAUAUAUUGUGAUGCGUAGUGAAGGACUGCCCCAAUCCAGUGCUAAUUAUCAAAGAGUUAAUAUGUUAAAAUACAAGUUACAAUCGAAUAAACACAAGUUUGUGCUGAGAAACCUCCAACCAGGAAGUAGAUACUUUGUACAGGUAUACGCCACUGUGCGCUGGCGCAACAGGAUACAGAAGGGAAGAAUGGCCUCCAUGUACAUUGUCACAUACUCUCCCCCAACACAAGCAUGUUGUGACCAUGUGACACAGAAGCCGUGGAUAUCUGACAACUCUGUUGUAUACAACAUCACAGUGGACCAGAGUUUCUACUACAGCGGUGUCCUGAAGACCAGGAUCGAGUGGAGGACUGUCACAGAGGAGAGACUGGAGAAGUACAUAGUGUUUUGGCGGGCCGUGAGCUGUGACCAUGUUGGUGACAGGAGGAAGUUCCGCCCUGCCGAGCUGAGUGCUACCACACAUGAUCAGGAGUUCAACCUGUACAACCUUCACUACAGCUGCAACUACACCGUCCAAGUCAGGCCCAUCAACGCUUUCGGGGAGGAGCUGGCUGCAUCAGUUGCCAGCUUCUCUACCCCUCACUGUGUAGAUAUCAAAGUCAGGGGCAAGAUCAGGCCGGAGUGCCCCAGGAAAGUUACCAUACUGCCUGGCCGGCCGCCAGACAUCAAGAUCCAUCCACUUGUUGACCGCUGCAGCGUAGAUGUUGCGAUUGUGUGGCAGCAGCCGGUGUGGAGUGGGGUCACCACGGGGUACACAGUGUUGUGGGGGAAGAGUCAGGUUGUUCCCCCGACAUCACGACAAGUUGUAUAUAGCAAAAAUCCAGAGGAAAGAAUCAUCUCAGGGAAUAUAACAGAGUUGAUAUUGACUGGCCUGAAUGAGGAGAGACACUACAGUGUUCAGAUCAGCGCCCGCAGCAGCAGCAAGGAGGGGGAUAAAUCUGUCCAGCACUUCACUACACUACGCAAAGACCAAUACUGCAUGCACACAUCAACACAAUCGACACACACAGACUCCACUACUACAGUACCCAGCAGAGAAACCAAAAAUCCCACACAUGCAGCAGUAGCCUGUCGUCCAGCGGGAACUACAGCAAGAGAGUCAUCGCUUCCAACAUGCUCUGGAAGCAGGGCUCUCAUUGGCUGGAGCUUUGUCCUGUCACUGAUCUUGUCAUUUAUGCUGCUAUAAAUACAACUGUUGUUAUGGAAACGUCCUCUUCAUUUGUUAUGUAAUAACAUCAGAAGGUUUCAGAGGAUGAUUUAUAAUAUUUUCAAUUUCAAAUGUCUUUAGGGAUGUUUCCAUAGCAACAAAGCAGGAUAAACAUUUGCCAUUAUUGCCACUGGUGCUGCUGUUCAUUAGAUAUUUAUGUACAACCUGAUGAUGCCAUUUUUGUGCCAUUGUUCUGUUCAAUAUAGGAGGAUUUAGUGUUUUCAUGGAAUUGAAAUUCGGUAUUAAGGUAAAAUAAGCAUUAGUUGGACAAAACUAGAACAUUAACACAAUUAAUGUUUUGAAAAAAUGUUGAAUUGUUUACAAGUAUUAGAAUGUAAUAUGAUGUGAACAAUUUGCCUCGUACAAAAGUCCCUGUAUUUCGUGAAAUGAAUGUCAUUGAAUGACAUAAUCAGGUUAAAUUGCCUCACCUCAUCUCACUUGCCAAAGACUUAACACAGACAGAUAUAGAUAUACAGGAGUACUUAACACUGGAAUAUGUCACAAUGUGCCAAUGUCAGCAACUUAUUUCACAUAAUAACAUAAAAACAGUUGUAUGGAAAGUAGUAUUUGGAGUGUGCAUUUGGAGGGCUGAUCACAGACUGUUGGGGAAAUGUGGUAGUGUGUGAAGAUAACUACUGAUGAUCAUCGCUGUGCAAGUCUUAGAUUAAAUUACCAGUAGAUUUAAUUAGAUUUGUAUUAUGAAGGACCAGGUCUGGAAAUUCCAAAUCAGUUUUCAAUUCUCUUUCGACAUUGUGAUUUUUCUGUGUGAGGUUUUGUGUGUAACAUCAUCAAGAUGUUUGCAUCGGUUCCUGAUUCACUGGAUACAUAUAAUAUCAGCAAAUGACAUUUUCACAUAAAUUCUACCUUAAGACAGUGAAUCUAAUCAAGCAUUUCUGCUGAAGAUAAGUGGAAACCCAUUACAAAUGUUUUGUAUUGCAAUAUAUUACAGUACAACAUAAGUAUACUAGUAUAAACAUUGAUAUAUUGCAAGAUAGAAUAUAAUGUAAAGAUGAACUGAACUCACAGCUGCUUCCCCAAACAAAAAAUAUUCGAGUGAUUCACUGAAAUAAUAACAAAUACCAUAUUCGACGUAAUAAGCGCCCCGCUCUAAUAAGCGCCCACGGCAAUAUUUGCCAAUAUAUUGGCUAGUGAACAAUCCCAAAUAGCACCCUUCCGACUGAUCAAUGUACACAAUUUGUG